UAAAUAAAUAAAUUCCCAACUCAUGUUUUGAACUUACAACCAAACUUCUCCUACAAACUGCCCUAAUUCCUAUUAUAUCUUACCAUAAACUCUAUAUUGGCUUGAUGUUCCUCCAGCAUCUUGUGGCGGAGGUUACCUCCGACUGUUGGUUCUUCCUUUUCUUUCCCGACCGCACGGUCCUGAAAUUGCCCUCAUUUCCCCGUCUGGAGCCUUGAGCAACAACUUCCUCUCCGUUGAAGAGGAAGAGGCCACCUUACAACGCCAGCAUUCAUUCUGGAGGGUAGAUCCAGUUCCUUGCUCUUGGAUACUUUAGGCUUUUUUUGGAUCCUGAACGAGGAUGAAAACCCCGAAGAGACGAGUCCUUCUCGUGCUCCAAGCAGGCCUGUGGUUUGCCUCCUUCGCUAUGGGGAGCUGGAUCAUCGGGGGCCAGGAAGCCAAGCCACAUUCAUGGCCCUUCAUUGCCUCCAUCCAACUCAAUGGGGAGCACUUCUGUGGCGGAUUCUUGGUGCGGCGCCGGUGGGUCCUGACCGCUGCUCACUGCCUCAUUCCCCGCAGGUUGCCCAUGGUGCGUGUGGUGCUGGGCGCCCACUCUCUCAAGAUGCCUGAGGCCUCUCAACAAGCCUUCAGCAUCCAGGAAUCAGUGGCCCACCAGAACUAUGACCCUGUGACAGUCCGGAACGAUAUCCGCCUACUCAAGUUGAACCAGUCUGUCCAAUUCAACCAGGAGGUCCAGCUUGUUCGGCUCCCCCGAAAAAACAGCCUCCUCCUCCCCGGCGUCACCUGCAAAGUGGGUGGUUGGGGGGACAUCACAAAUUUUGGAACGAUUCCCUCCAAGCUGAUGGAAACCAACGUGACUGUGAUCGACAGGGGCGCCUGCAAUGCAUCGUGGGCUGGCCAUGUCUAUAGCAAGAUGUUUUGCGCCUCCCACAGCAGUCCAACUCUGCGCGGCUUCUGCUCAGGGGACUCUGGGGGGCCCCUUUUAUGUGGGGCCCGAGUGCAUGGCAUCGUCUCCUUCAACGGAAGAAGGUGUGGGGACCGCCGGCGCCCCGACGUCUACACUCAGGUCUCCAAGUACAUCUCUUGGGUCCGUCAUGUCAUCAAGACAGUUUGAUUGCCAGCAGUUUUGGGAUCCCACCAGAAGCCACCUGCCCCCCUUCCUUUGGAAAGGAAAAUGCUGUAAGCUCU